AUGCAAUCCUCACCGUCACUGAUCGAGCUCGCCAAGAGCAUUUUGGAAGAUGCUCAAACAAUAGAUAGUUUCAUAUCUUCGCAUAACCUUCCCCAGCCCUCUUUUGCCGCGGACGGCGUCAAAGACUUUCCUGUGGGCACCGAGCAUGCCGAUAUCCAUGCCAUCCGGCACCGGCUUAUUGAUGCAACAAAAGAGCUGCGGGACCUUAUUAUCGGUCCUAAGGAUACUAUCAAAUGGAUGAUCAUGAAUGACCACACCCUCGCAGCCAGCCUGCACGCCAUUUCCCACUUCAAGAUCGCCCAGGCUGUUCCAAAGGAGGGAUUGAUCUCUUUCGCCGAACUUGCCCGAGCUACCGGUAUCGCCGAACUAGACGUUGCCCGCUUCGUCCGCCGCACAGCCAUCAACCAUAUCUUCGUUGAGCCGACCCCAGGUCACGUCGCGCACACGGCCACCUCGGCCCUUCUAUCUGCGGACCCCCAGAUGCAGGCCCUAGUUGCUCAUAUGUCCGAAGAGGCCUUUCCCGCGUCAGCUAAGAUCGUAGACGCGCUAGAGAUAUCUACUGGCCGCGGAGAACCGCGCGAGAGUCCCUUUGCAUUGGCCUUCGGGGCAAGCUUUUUUGAACGGAAGGUGGAGCAGCCAGAAACGAUGCAACGGUUUGGGCUUGCGAUGAGCAGCUGGAGCGAAGGGGACGGGACCAGUCAGAUGCGCGAUUGCUACGACUGGGCCUCUCUGCCUGCGGGGGGUAAGGUUGUGGAUAUCGGCGGCGCGAUGGGCCAUAUAUCGCUCGGCAUCGCAGAGAAAUUCGAGAGCUUGGAGUUCGUUGUUGAGGACCUGCCACCAGUGGAGGAGCAGGCGCGUCAUCUAGUAUCCUCGUGUCCAGAGACAAUCUCAAAUAGGGUGAAAUUCUUGCCUCACGAUUUUUUCCAGCCACAACCAGCAGAGGCCCGGGCAGCAGAUGCCUACAUUAUGCGGUAUAUCCUCCACGACUGGUCCGAUACUUACGCCAAGAAGAUUCUCAAGAAUGUCUUCGAGGCGAUGAGGGAGGAUAGCAGACUGAUCAUAGCCGAUGCGGUGAUGCCGCCGGCGGGAGUGAUACCUAAGUGUCAGGAGGAAGUCCUCCGGAGUUUUGACAUCAGCAUGCUUGCGCAAUUGAACUCCCAGGAACGGACACUGGAGAUGUGGAAGGAAUUGAUUGCGGAGUCCGGUGGCGGACGAUGGACUAUCACUGAUAUUGUUAACCCACCGAAGGGCGAAUCUAUUACAAUUCUUGAGGUCAAGUCAGCCUGA